AUGUCAAAUUCUACUAGUAAAUGUUCCUUGCCAAUGAAGAGUGGUUCCAGUUCCAACCGGUUCAAGUUUUUUAUUCCUCGGAACAACAAAAAUAAGCAGCAACAAAAUCCAGAACCAGUUAAUCAGGAUGUUUCACAAGUCGAAUCAUAUGAGUCCGUUUCGCCAGUUUCUGCUAGCGUGAAAAAUUCGAAUAAUCUCACUGUGGGCAAAGGAAGCAAAACUCCUGAAAAUGCGGAGAAACCCUACUUUGUUCUUGAAGACUUGUGGGAGUGUUUCAAGGAAUGGAGUGCAUAUGGAGUGAAUGUUCCUCUCACACUCAGCGACCAUGAACAUGUCAUACAAUACUUUGCUCCUUAUAUCUCUGCAAUUCAACUCUAUGUUGAAGAUCAAGAAUUGGAGUAA